AUGUACACACAGACACAUGUACGUACAUACACACAAACACACACACACACAGACACAUGUACACACAGACACAUACAUGUACAUACAUGCAGACACAUGUACAGAUACACACAAGUACAUACACACAGACACACACACACACCAUAAAAAGUUGCAGUACUUCGUUGUUCACUCACAGAUCCGGGUACUGCACUCUAGGGGGAGGCAGAGAGCACAGCACACACUCCUUCCUUUGCUUUCACUGCGCUCAGCUAUUGAACAGUCUGACGGCUCCCAGUGCCAAUGACAGAUCCGGCCUGAGCUAUGAGCCUGCUCAGCAAGACGGCCCCAGCAUAACUUCCACUCGC